CCUUGUUACUCUUUCAGGAAAAGGGUCUCUUUGCAGCAAUGGGCCUGGAUUCCUGUGAGGCAGAAAAGACUCCAUUGGACGCCAGAGGGAGGCCACUGGGUAAGGAGGAACUCGUCUUUCUUCUCAUUCUGUGGAUCUUGAAACUAAUCUUUGGGUUCUGUUCAUCUUUAGGGGGGGAGGCACUUGGGGCCAAGAGCCCAAAGGGGGGGAAGAUAUAUUUUGACAGAACAAAAAUUUGAAAUGGGUACAAUGUCAAAAUGCACUCAACAAGCAAGACCUUUUCCAUGGCACAUCUAUGGCACUUAUCUCCAAGUGCCGAACCUCUAGUUACAGGUAGGUAACCGUGUUGGUCCGAAGUGGUUGGAAAAAGAAAAAAAAUUCCUUCCAGUAGCACCUUAGAGACCAACUAAGUUUGUUAUUGGUAUGAGCUUUCAUGUGCAUACACACUUCUUCAGAUACACUGAAACAGGCUUCUGAAAGAGACUUCUGUUUCAGUGUAUCUGAAGAAGUGAGAGACGCAGGAGCUGAUGGCUUCCCUUUGACUUUUGUCUCUCGCAGGUGACCGAAGGAUGCCCCCCAGACCUCCUCAUCCAUCUUUUCAUGAGAACGGAGGAGAAGCAGCAGCUGUGGAAACAGAUCUGGUAUGGGGAAAGAGCUUUGUGGGGAAAGAGUCAGAGGAGUGGGGCAGCCAGGGAGCCUCUGGGCCGGAAGGAAUUUCUCCUCCUCUUGGCUUCUGUCAAAGCCUCUGUCCUGAACAAAGAUGGACAGUGCCAUUGGAGAAGGUUUAUGUGCUGACAGGAAUGAACAGCCAUCUCUCCUUAACUGGGCUUCGGAAUGUCACUAUUUUUAUGAUUUAUCAGUAGCUGCAGUUAUAUUUCUAUAUUGAUCUAAUCAGGCUUCUAAGCAGUUGAGAAGCUUCCAAGAAGUUGAGAAGCCAUAACAAACCGUGGCCGGGAUUCACCUCAGCAGCCCCAUGAGCUGCACAAGGGGAAUCCCCCUCCUCCCCCUCUCUGUGCCCCCAUGAGCCCCUUGAAGUUGGCUGUAGGGCAGAGGGAGGGUCCCAUCGCCCCCCAAGCACCACACAGCGGGAGUAGAGAAGGGAGCAUUCUGUCUGGCAGACAGGAAUACUUCCACAGACAGAAUAAUUUGAAGAACAUCAUGCGGAGUUCCACCCAUGCACACAAAGAUUAAUACCCAUCAUUAAAAUGCACAGUAAAAUAAAUCAGUUGAAAUGCUAAAAUAGGCAUCCAGACCUAAAAUGUGCAGCAAAAUAAUCCCAUUAAAAGAACACAACAAGGAAUGGGCAGAAAACAAUUGAGCAAUGUAUAGUGGAUAAUCUUUAUGCUGUCUCAGAAGAGGACCUUUUUCCUUUUCCUUCAGGGUCCUCUGUGCUUUGAAGAUGUCGCUGUGUGUUUCACAGAGGAGGAGUGGGCGUUGCUGGAUCCUGACCAGAGAGCUCUGCAUAAGGAAGUCAUGGAGGAGAAUCGUAGGAUUGUGGACUCUCUCAGUAAGGAUUCCUGCUGGACUAUAAUAUAUAUUUUGUUGUUUUUUUUAUAAGAUAUUUAUUGAAGUUUUCAAGAUAUUACAAAACACACACACACACACACACACACACACACACAAAAGAGAAAAUACAAAGUAAAAAUAUUUAAAAACAAUUCAUUCCUUCCAUUACUUGACCUUCAUUUGCUUAGUUCCAGGACCUCCUCACACCUCCCUUUUUUGUAUUCCAGUUCGAUUAUUUCGUUCAGCAAAUCCCUCCCCUCUUUAUGUAUCCUAAUCAUUAAUCAUAAAGUAUUGUGAUUUUAGAUUUUUACAUAUUAAUAAACCAUUUUUUCAUAUUCCUUAUAACCUUUCAGCUAAAGUUCACUUAGUUUCUAUCCAACAUCUUUCUAGCAUUCAUUAAUUCUACAAUAUUUCUGUAGAUAGUCUUUAAACUUUUUCCAAUCUUCCUCCAUCGACUCUUCUCCCUGGUCUCGGAUUCUGCCAGUCAUUUCCGCCAAUUCCAUAUAGUCCAUCAGCUUCAUCUGCCAUUCUUCCAGAGUGGGUAGAUCUUGUGUCUUCCAAUACUUUGCAAUGAGUAUUCUUGCUGCUGUUGUAGCAUACAUAAAGAAAGUUCUGUCCUUCUUUGGCACCAAUUGGCCGACUAUGCCCAGGAGAAAGGCCUCUGGUUUCUUCAAGAAGGUAUAUUUAAAUACCUUGUUCAAUUCAUUAUAUAUCAUCUCCCAGAAAGCCUUAAUCUUUGGGCACGUCCACCAAAGGUGAAAGAAAGUACCUUCAUUUUCUUUACAUUUCCAACAUUUAUUAUCGGGCACAUGGUAAAUUUUUGCAAGCUUGACUGGUGUCAUGUACCACCUGUAUAUCAUUUUCAUAAUAUUCUCUCUUAGGGCAUUACAUGCCAUAAAUUUCAUACCUGUGGUCCACAACUGUUCCCAGUCAGCAAACAUAAUAUUAUGUCCAAUAUCUUGUGCCCAUUUAAUCAUAGCAGAUUUCACCAUUUCAUCCUGAGUAUUCCAUUUCAACAGCAAGUUAUACAUUCUUGCCAAAUUCUUAGUUUUGGGUUCUAACAGUUCUGUUUCUAGUUUUGAUUUUUCCACCUGGAAGCCAAUUUUCUUAUCCAAAUUAUAUGCCUCCAUUAUCUGAUAAUAAUGAAGCCAAUCUCUCACUUUGUUUUUUAGUUUCUCGAAACUCUGCAAUUUCAAUUUGUCUCCUUCUUGUUCCAAAAUUUCCCAAUAUUUCGGCCAUUUGGCCUCCAUAUUGAGCCUUUUCAGAGCUUUCGCUUCCAUCGGUGAUCAGGUUCCCAUCAAUCUGUGUGUCAAGGAGAGUCAACAAAGGCAGUGAACCCUGUAGUAAGACCUCAGAUCUAACUCAUAGAAUCAUAGAAUCAUAGAGUUGGAAGAGACCCCAAGGGCCAUCGAGUCCAACCCCCUGCCAAGCAGGAAAGACCAUCAGAGCACUCCUGACAUAUGGUUGUCAAGCCUCUGCUUAAAGACCUCCAAAGAAGGAGACUCCACCACACUCCUUUGCAGCAAAUUCCACUGUCGAACAGCUCUUACUGUCAGGAAGUUCUUCCUAAUGUUUAGGUGGAAUCUUCUUUCUUGUAGUUUGGAUCCAUUGCUCCGUGUCCGCUUCUCUGGAGCAGCAGAAAACAACCUUUCUCCCUCCUCUAUGUGACAUCCUUUUCUAUAUUUGAACAUGGCUAUCAUAUCACCCCUUAACCUCCUCUUCUCCAGGCUAAACAUGCCCAGCUCCCUUAGCCGUUCCUCAUAAGGCAUCGUUUCCAGGCCUUUGACCAUUUUGGCUGCCCUCCUCUGGACACGUUCCAGUUUGUCAGUGUCCUUCUUGAACUGUGGUGCCCAGAACUGGACACAGUACUCCAGGUGAGGUCUGACCAGAGCAGAAUACAGUGGCACUAUUACUUCCCUUGAUCUAGAUGCUAUACUCCUAUUGAUGCAGCCCAGAAUUGCAUUGGCUUUUUUAGCUGCCGCGUCACACUGUUGGCUCAUGUCAAGUUUGUGGUCAACCAGGACUCCUAGAUCCUUUUCACAUGUACUGCUCUCAAGCCAGGUGUCCCCCAUCUUGUAUUUGUGCCUCUCAUUUUUUUUGCCCAAGUGCAAUACUUUACAUUUCUCCCUGUUAAAAUUCAUCUUGUUUGUUUUGGCCCAGUUCUCUAAUCUGUCAAGGUCGUUUUGAAGUGUGAUCCUGUCCUCUGGGGUGUUAGCCACCCCUCCCAAUUUGGUGUCAUCUGCAAAUUUGAUCAGGAUGCCCUUGAGUCCAUCAUCCAAGUCGUUGAUAAAGAAGUUGAAUAAGACUGGGCCCAAGACAGAACCCUGUGGCACCCCACUAGUCACUCUUCUCCAGGAUGAAGAGGAACCAUUGAUGAGCACCCUUUGGGUUCGGUCAGUCAGCCAGUUACAAAUCCACUGAGUGGUAGCAUAGUCAAGACCACAUUUUACCAGCUUCUUUACAAGAAUAUCAUGGUGCACCUUGUCAAAUGCCUUGCUGAAAUCAAGGUAGGCUACAUCCACUGCGUUCCCUUCAUCUAUCAGGCUUGUAAUUCUGUCAAAAAACGAGAUCAGGUUAGUCUGACAUGACUUAUUUUUCAGAAAUCCAUGCUGACUAUUGGUGAUCACAGCAUUCCUUUCUAGGUGCUCACAGACUGUUUGCUUAAUGAUCUGCUCCAGAAUCUUCCCUGGUAUUGAUGUCAGACUGACUGGGCGGUAAUUAAUUGGGUCCUCUCUUUUCCCCUUUGAAAAUAGGGACAACAUUUGCCCUCCUCCAGUCUGCCGGGACUUCGCCUGUUCUCCAGGAAUUCUCAAAGAUGACUGUCAGUGGUUCUGAGAUCACAUCUGCCAGUUCUUUUAAUACUCUUGGAUGCAGUUCAUCUGGCCCUGGAGACUUGAAUACAUCUAAACUAGCCAAGUAUUCUUGUACUAUCUCCUUAGUUAUUCUGGGCUGUGUUUCCUUUGCUGAAUCAUUUGCUCCAAAUUCUUCAGGUCGGGCAUUGUUUUCUUUAUCGGAGAAGACUGAGGCAAAGAAGGCAUUGAGGAGUUCAGCCCUUUCUGUGUCCCCUGUUUGCAUUUCACCAUCUUCUCCUCUGAGUGACCCCACUGUUUCUUUGUUCUUCCUUUUGCUACGGACAUACCCAUAAAAGCCUUUUUGUUGCUUUUAACCUCUCUAGCAAGCCUGAGUUCAUUCUGUGCUUUAGCUUUCUGACUUUGUGUCUACACGUGCUGGCUAUUUGUUUGAAUUCCUCUUUGGUGGUUUCCCCUUUUCCAUUUUUGUACACAUCCUUUUUAAUCUUAACUCAGUUAAAAGUUCUUUAGAUAGCCACCCUGGCUUCUUUAGGCACCUUCCAUGUUUCUGUCUCAUUGGUAUUGCCUGACGUUGUGCUUUUACUAUCUCCCUCUUAACAAACUCCCAGCCAUCAUGAACUCCCUUUCCUUUUAGUAUUACUGUCCAUGGGAUCUCACCCAGCACUUCCCUAAGUUUUAUGAAGUCAGCUUUCUUAAAGUCAAGAAAUUGAGUCCAGUAUGCUUGGCUGCUCCUUUCCGCUGUAUAGUAAACUUCAGAAGAGCAUGAUCACUCGCGCCUAAUGAUCCUUCCACUUCUACCCCACUAACCAGGUCAUCAACAUUGGUUAGGACCAGAUCUAAAAUGGCUGUUCCUCUUGUUGCUUCUCCCACUUUCUGGACAAUGAAGUUGUCUGCAAGGCCAGUGAGGAAUCUGUUUGACCUUAUGCUCUUGGCUGAGUUUGACAUCCAACAAAUAUCCGGGUAAUUGAAGUCCCCCAUUACUACUAUCUCCCUUCCUUUUGCAUGCUUGGCCAUCUGUUCCAGGAAGGCAUCAUCUAUGUCCUCCGUUUGGCUUGGGGAUCUAUAGUAAACGCCCACAAUGAGGUCACUGUUAUUCUUCUCUCCCUUAAUUUUGACCCAAAUGCUCUCACUUUGGCUUUGAGGUUCUAAAUCUUGGAUCUCUUCACAGGUAUACACAUCCCUGACAUAUAACGCCACUCCUCCUCCUUUCUUGUCUGGUCUGUUUCUCUGAAAUAGAUUGUAUCCCCCAUUAUUAUAUUCCAAUCGUGGGACUUAUCCCACCAGGUUUCAGUGAUGCCUAUUAUGUCAUAUUUAGUUUGCUGUACCAAGAGCUCAAGCUCAUCUUGUUUAUUUCCCAUGCUUUGCGCAUUAGUGUACAGACAUUGAAGUCUAUUAAUCAUUCCCCCGUGUCUCUUAUUUAAGGAUUUUUUCCUCCCACCACUAGGUCUGCGUGCUGUUUGCUCCAUUUGGUCUAUGACAUUUGGAUGAUCAUCUUCAUCAAUUGAUAGACUCCUACCUUCAGGAGCACUGUCUCCCUCCCCACAUUAGUCAGUUUAAAGCCCUCCUGAUGAGGUUUCUGAGAUUUUUGGCAAAAACAUUUCUCCCAACCGUUGUGAGGUGCAGCCCAUCGCUUGCCAGAAGUCCAUCUUCAAGAAACUGCAGUCCGUGAUCUAAGAAUCCAAACCGUUCCUGUUUACACCAUUUGCGAAGCCAGCUGUUCACUUCCACUAUUUUUCCCUCUCUCCCUGGGCCACGUCAUUCAACUGGGAGGACAGAUGAGAUCACAAUUUGUGCAUUUAAUUGCUUCAAUUUCCUGCCCAGAGCCUCGUAGUCUCUUUUGAUCUUCUGGAGGCUAUUGCUUGCAGUGUCAUUGGUUCCCACAUGAACCAAGAGGAAGGGGUAUUUGUCAGUGGGUUUUAUGAUUCCUUGCAGUCGUUCAGUUACAUCUUGGAUCUUAGCCCCGGGAGACAGCACACUUCCCGAGACAUCUUGUCAGGCCCACAGAUCACUGCUUCUGUUCCCCUCAGUAGGGAAUCCCCUAUCACCACUACACGCCUCCUCUUAGGUUUGGUCGGGGUUCUUCCGUGAGCUGUCCGCUCCAAGGUCGCCUGCACAUUCCCUGAGGACUGACUUUGCUGCUCGUCUUCAUAUACCUGAUCGACUGUAAUGAGGGAGAGAUCCUCAAAUGGAGUCUGCUCUUCGUCUUCCAUGCUAGGGGAGAGGACCUCAAAGCGACUGUGUAUUUCUAAACAAUCAGAGCGAACCCUGGGCCUCCUACUUCUUUGAGUCACGUUUCUCCAUAUAUCUGGCUCCUGUGUUGGUGAACUAGCCUCCUUCUCAGGGGAGUCCCCUGUCUCCUCCUUGGUGGAGAUGGUGUGCUCUGUUGCUUCCAAGAAGAGCUCCAGCUCUCUAAUUCUUUGGAGCGUAGCUACACGUUCCUCCAGUUGCUGGACUUUGUCUUUUAAGAGGGCAAUCAACAUGCAAUUGCUGCAGGUAAAGCUGCCUGCAACCUUUGGCAAGAUGGCAAACAUUGCGCAGGAACCCUUCCGUUCUUCAUCGAUCACAAACAUUCAUUAGCAGUCUUCCAUAAUUUGGGGCUCUAUUUCUUCCUAAGGCUCUAAUGUGUUUCUCUCUUUGAUGCAGGUGGAGAUGGAUUGGAAAUUAUGAACAAGGGGAACCGUGACAACAUUCACACAGUGGGGAAGUUGUAUAAAUAUUUGGAGUGUGGAGAGAGUUAUAGUCUGAGCUCCCAUUCUACUUCCCAUAAAAUAUAUCCUAUUGGGAAAAAUCGUUAUCGGUACUUGGAAGAUGGUAAGACGGUUCGUCAGAAGACAUUUCUCACUUUCCCUAAAAGAAGUCACAGCAGGGAGAGACCAUAUCAGUGUUUGAAAUGUGGGAAGAGCUUCAGUCACAGGGCUGUGCUCAAGGCCCAUCAAAGAAUUCAUACAGGAGAGAAACCCUAUAAGUGCUUGGAAUGUGGAAAGAGCUUCAGGCAGAAAGCUAAGCUCACAGAUCAUCAAAGAAUUCAUACAGGGGAGAAACCAUAUCAGUGCUUGGAAUGUGGGAAGAGCUUCAGUCGGAAGGACCAUCUCAUAUCCCAUCAAAGUAUUCAUACAGGGGAGAAACCAUAUCAGUGCUUGGAAUGUGGAAAGAAUUUUAGUCGGAAGGAUACCCUUACUUCACAUGAAAGAAUUCACCGAGUGGAGAAACCAUAUAAAUGCUCGGAAUGUGGAAGGGGCUUCAUUAAGGGCUGCCAGCUCACUUCCCAUCAAACAAUUCACACUGGGGAGAAACCCCAUCAGUGCUUAGAAUGUGGGAAGAGCUUCACUCGCAAGAAUAGUCUCACUUUCCAUCAAAGAAUUCAUACAGGGGAGAAACCCCAUCAGUGCUUAGAAUGUGGGAAGAGCUUUAGUCGCAAAAAUAGUCUCACUUCCCAUCAAAGAAUUCAUACAGGGGAGAAACCAUAUCAGUGCUUGAAAUGUGGAAAGAGCUUCAGUAGGAAGAGACGUCUCACUUGCCAUCAAAGAAGUCAUACAAGGUAUGAACCCUAUAAAUGCUUGGAGUGUGGAAAGAGCUUCAAUCGGAGGUCCUUUCUCAUUUCCCAUCAAAGAAUUCAUACAGGGGAGAAACCAUAUCAGUGCUUGGAGUGUGGAAAGAGCUUCAAUCGGAGGUCCUUUCUCACUUCCCAUCAGAGAAUUCAUACAGGGGAGAAACCAUAUCAGUGCUUGGAAUGUGGGAAGAGCUUCACUCGCAAGAAUAGUCUCAUUUCCCAUCAGAGAAUUCAUACAGGGGAGAAACCAUAUCAGUGCUUGGAAUGUGGGAAGAGCUUCAGUCGCAAGAAUAGUCUCACUUCCCAUCGAAGAAUUCACACAGGGGAGAAACUAUAUCAAUGCAUGGAAUGUGGAAAGAGCUUCAGUCACAGGCAGGGUCUCACUUCCCAUCAAAUAAUUCAUACAGGGGAGAAACUCUAUCAGUGCUUGGAAUGUGGAAGGAGCUUCAGUCACAGGCAGGGUCUCACUUCCCAUCAAAGAAUUCAUACAGGGGAGAAGCCAUAUCAGUGCUUGGAAUGUGGAAAUAACUUCAGUCGGAAGGGACAUCUUACUUCCCAUCAAACAGUUCACCGUGAGGAGAGACCAUAUCAAUACUUGGAAUGUGGAAUGAGCUUCAAAUGGAAGAAAAGUCUCACUUUCCAUCAAGGAACUCACAGCAGGGAGAAUCAUGGUAUCUGAAGAUGGGUCUCGUAUGUCUUCUCAAUCUCCUCUUUUCCAGUCUAAGCCUACCUAGCUCCUUCUAUUGUUCCUUAAAAGGCUAGUUUUCCAAAUGCUUGAUUAUAUUGGUCACCCUUCUCUGCACAGAUUCCAACUUCUCAAUAUCCUCCUUUGAUUGUGACAUCCAGAAUUGAGCACAGGACUCCAGGUGUGGUCUGACGAAGGCAGAAAGGAACAUAGUAUUACUUCCCAUGACCUGGAUAUUAGACGUCUGUUGAUAUAGACUAAAAUAGCAUUAGCUUAUUUUGCUACUGACUCACCUUGUUGACUCACGUUAAGCUUUUGGUGUCCUAAGACCCUUAGAUCCUUUUCACAUGUGCUGCUGGCAAGCGUGGUGUUUCCCACAGAAUCAUAGAAUUGUAGACGUCUAAUGGUCUUAGAGACAUCACUUUGCCAACAAAGGUCCGUAUAGUAAAAGCUUUGGUUUUCCCAAUAGUGAUGUAUGGAAGUGAAAGCUGGACCAUAAAAAAGGGUGAUCGCCGAAGAAUUUAUGCUUUUGAAUUAUGGUGCUGGAGGAGACUCUUGAGAGUCCCAUGGACUGCAAGAAGAUCAAACCUAUCCAUUCUUAAGGAAAUUAGCCCUGAUUGCUCAGUGGAAGGACAGAUCCUGAAGCUGAGGCUCCAAGACUUUGGCCACCUCAUGAGAAGAGAAGACUCCCUGGAAAAGACCCUGAUGUUGGGAAAGAUGGAGGGCACAAGGAGAAGGGGACGAGAGAGGACGAGAUGGUGGGACAGUGUUCUCGAAGCUACCAGCAUGAGUCUGCCCAAACUGCGGGAGGCAGUGGAAGACAGGAGGGCCUGGCGUGCUCUGGUCCAGGGGGUCACGAAGAGUGGGACAACACUAAACGACUAAACAACAACAACAAUGGUCUUACUGGACCAGAAGCUGAACAUGAGUCAACCGUCUGAUGACAUCCAGCAUGGAAUGUGUCCCUCCGUUUUUCAGCAUUUUUAGUAGUUUAGCAGUCUCUGCUCUUUUUGCCUUCCCUGGGAGGAAGGUGGAGUGGAUGUCUGAAACUCAAUGUCAAACUGAAACUCAAUCCAGGUAAGACUGAGGCAGUUAGUGGGUGGUGCCCUAGACCAGAUGGCUGGGAGAUCACCUGCUCUUAAAUUUUUUUAAAAAAAAUUAAAUACACGAUAACUUUAACCUUUCCAAAACAUAAAAAAUAUCAAGGUCCAGACCUUCAGACCUCCCUGCCAUGGGUUCCAGUUCUAAUGAUUCUACCUUUUCCUUUUUUCCUGCAUCUUUUACCAUUACCCAUCUACAGUGGUACCUCGGGUUACAUAUGCUUCAGGUUACAGACUCCGUUAACCCAGAAAUCGUAUCUCGGGUUAAGAACUUUGCUUCAGGAUGAGAACAGAAAUCGUGCUCCGGCAGCGAGGCGGCAGCAGGAGGCCCCAUUAGCUAAAGGUUUAGCUUCAGGUUAAGAACGGACCUCCGGAACGAAUUAAGUACUUAACCCGAGGUACCACUGUAUUAUGUAAUCAUAGUAACCAAAGUUGAGUUCACAUUACAAGUGUCCUUGUAUCCCUGCCCGUGAUUUUAACUGUCUACAGUGGUCUUUCAAGUAAACAAUAAAAUUAUUCCAGUCUUUUAAAAAUACUUGUUCUUCCUGGUUUCUGAUCUUUCCCCUUAGUCUCGCCAUUUCUGCGCAUUCCAUCAGUUUGGUCUGCCGCUCUUCUUUAGUCGGUACUUCACCUUCUUUCCAUCUCUGGGCCAAAAACAUUCUGCCGUCAUUGCAUCCAUAAACAGUCUCUUAUUUUCUCUGGUAAUUCAUCACAUAUUAUACCUAACAGAAAAGCCUCUUAAACCCUUUCUUCAACUCAGUGUAUAUCAUUUCCCAGAACGCUUUUAGCACUCCACAGGACCACCACAUAUGAUAAAAGGUACUGUCAGGGAACUGCCAUCGGAGCUAGAGGCGGAGGGAAGGCUCCAGAGGGAUGGCGGAGAGGGUCCCAGUAGGGAGAGAGGCAGCCCGUCCGCUGGGGAAGGAAAUCAGCGUAACACCAGUGGAGAAGGGGGGCAGAUGGGGGAAUCGGAGAGGAGGCUCCAAGACUCCUCGCCGGAGACCAGCGGCGAGAGUACGGGUCCUCCGCUGCCCACACCCUCCCUGUGCAGAAGACUUCCGCGCAGGGAGAGUAGGAGGAGACUUGGCGUCAAAGAACUUUUGUGCUGGAAGAAGUUCAAGAAACGCCCACUGAUGGAUUCUGCCAGCGACUGAGACAGUCACGAUGCUGGAGGCUGUUCAGUCAGAAAGGGUUAAACCAGGUAACCUCGCCAGCAGUGGCGGCAACCUACGCACGAGCAACCCCUAAAUCCAUUACAGGUACCUUCUUUCCUUUUACAUUUCCAGCACAAAUUUGAGCUGGUUCUAUACAUUUGUGCAAUUUUACUCAGUGUUAGGUACCAACAGUACAUCAUUUUCAUAUAGGUUUCUUUCAACAGAACAGCAAGCCAUCAACUUCAAAUCCUCAUUCCAUAACUUUUCCCAUUAUAAUAAUUGUAUAUUAUAACCAAAGUCAUUGAUUUAACCUCAAGGUUAGAUUACUGCAAUGCGUUACACAUUGGGCUGCCUCUGAAGACUGUUUGGAAACUUCAGCUGGUGCAGAAUUCAGCGGGCAGGUUGCUCACCGGAGCAAGACGGUUUGAACAUAUUGCACCAAUCCUGGUCCGACUGCACUGGCUGCCCAUUCAGUGUGCUGGUUUUGACCUAUAAAGCUUUAAACAUCUCAGGACUGCAAUUCCUCAAGGACCGCCUCUCUCCAUAUGAACCUACAGGACCCUGAGAUCAUCUGAGGCCCUUCUUUGUGUCCCUCCUCCUUGAGAGGUCCGGAGGGUGGCAGCACAGGAACGGGGCCUUCUCUGCAGUGGCUCCCCACGUGAAGAAUGCUCUCCCCAGGAAAGUUCCCCCAAGCGCCUUCGAUAUACACCUUUAGGCGCCGGGCAAAAAUGUUCCUUUUUAACCAGGCCUUUGGUUGAUUUGAUUGACAUCCUAUGGCCUUUUAAAAUGUGUUUGGGGGGUGGGUUUAUCGGGUGGUGGUUGUUUUUAUUUUGAAUAUUCUGCGGUUUUAUAUUCUGGUUUUAUUUUGUGAAUUGCCCUGAAAGCCUGCAGGCAUAGGGCGGUAUAUAAAUUUAAUAAAGAAAUGAAAUGUCUCCUCCCAGGAUUCUCUCCCCCUCUGGAUAAACAGCUCCUGCUGAAGUUGGAGAGGGGCAGCGAGAGCGGCAGUAGCGGACCCAGCACCUCCUCUUGCGCCCCAGAGGCGCUUGCUCUAAAGGGGAAGGGGAGGCCAAGGCAGCCCCCCUUUUCCUGCUCAGUCCAACACGUGGACCUUCCCUUCCUCUGCUGGGUGAGGCAAGGACCCCUGGACGGUCAGGUCCCGUCAAAGGCGACUGGGGCGCAGAGCUCAUCUCGCUUCAGGCUGAGGGAGCCCAGGUUGGUCCACAGACAGCUUUCCGGGUCAUAUGGGCAGCAGGACUGAACCGCUUCUGGUCCAAAUGGACACCGUGAGAAGUGCCAGAGCGCACAGAAACACCACAGGGGUACCUAUUUCUCUACUUGCGCUGGUGUGCUUUGGAACUGCUAGGUUGGCAGGAGCUGGGACAGAGCAAGGGGAGCUCAGUCAUGGGGACUGGAACCACAGACCUUCCGCUGGGCAGCCCAAGUCUCAGUGGCUUAUAGACCACAGAACCCCCUGCGCCCCACGACCUUCCCUUUUUGGGGGGGAAAUUCCCUUAUUCCAGCGCCGCUUCCGGCUGCGAUCCCGGAUUGUUAGACAUCCCAUAGACUGUCCCCAGGACAGGUGAGGCUGCUGAUCUCUUAUUUUCAAAUCUGAAAGUUGACAGCUAUGGCAGGAUCCUGGGCCGGAUGGGUCCCUUUGGUGCGAUGCAGCUGCCCCAGGGCUCUUCCUGGUUUCUGAGGAGUCCUGCAUGGAGCCUCCCGCUGGUAUCCCGGAUUGUUAGAUCUCCCCUAGACUGUCCCCGGACAGGGGAGGCUGCUGCUCCCUUGACAGCUCUGGCCCUGCCUGACUUGAGCCCUCCAGGCCCCCCUCCAGGCCCCCCGCCUGCCUUUUCCCUGCCCAUCCCGGGGGGGGCAGGGGGCUCCCCUUUCUCCUCCUCCGGCCCCCAGGCUCCCCCCGAAGGAGACCAGCUGGGCG